CGAAGUUGGCAGGCAGGAAUGGCAGUCAUAUCGGCGACAGAUUCGUCAAAUGGCCGCGGAGAACGAAUGGGGUGUUCAGGAUGCGUGUGGCAAGUGGAGAACCGAAUGCAGAAGACUCUCAACGGGCGAGCGAUUACGAAUCUACAAAUGUGAUUUGCAAAGACGAAGCGAAAGAUGCGGACGACAUGGAGAUUCGACCCCUGCUUGUGCAUGGCGGAGGAAGGGGUGGAGGCAUGCAUCAAGAGAAGGUUGUUUCCCGUGGUGGUCGCCGCUCGAAGGGUCCGUCAGGCGAGAACGCUGGGAAACAUCCGUUGUGGAGUGUUGAGGAGAUGUCGAAGCUCGCCCGGGCGAAGGGGGAUCAGCAAGCUCAUUUCGAGGACAUGCCACACAAUUACGGACGAAUGCGCAACAGGGAAUGGAAGCUGCAGGACCUUCAAAAGCAUUUGCUGGAGGUGGGGGUGGAUAGGACGACUAACAACAUCGGCAAGAAGUGGGACAACCUCUUCCAACAGUACAAGAAAGUGCAACGGUAUCAGAACGCCUCUGGGGGGAAGAACUUCUUCAACCUCACACCUGCUUUGAGAACGGAAGAAGGCUUCAACUUCAAAAUGGAGGAGCGCGUGUACGAUGAGAUACACGCCAUAUCGAAGGGCAACCAGACCAUCAGAUUCUACCCGGACAACGUCGCCGACAUAAGCGUCGGUGGAGGACUGCAGAUGCCACAUUCCCCAUCCGUUGCUGGAGAAUCUGCCGCCGGGGGUGAUGGGGGUGAUGAGAACGACGACGACGGAGGGUCGGCGUGGGAGUCUGGCGUCAGUGCAGGCAGCACGGGAGGAAACUGCAAGAGGAAGAACAUGCGCCAACAAAUAUUUGAGACCAUUGCUGAAGUCAUGGACAAGCACAACAUAUUGAUGACUGACACCGUCGAGGGGGCCAGCAAGCGACAUUGUUCCAUUAUGGAGCAGCAGUGCGACAUUCUCGAGCGUGAGGUUGAUGCCCAACGCGCGAUCUAUACCGAAUGACGACGUGCUGCUCUCGCACGUCCCCAACUUGCCCAAUGAUAAAGCGCGUAUGAGACG